CGAGAGCGAUCGGUGGGGCCCGGCCCGUCGGGCAGGGCGAGCCCCACGCGGCGCCCCCGCUCCCCCCACAGCGCCGCGGCCGCGCCGGCCGGCAGGAGGGCGGGGAAAGAGCCCCGCUCCCCCCCGUGAAGCACAUCCACACCCACACCCACACCCCGGUCCCGGCGGCGAGGGGCGGUGGGAGCGGGGGGCUGAGCGGGCGGCGGCCCCGGCCUUGCGUCAGAGCUGUGCAAACACCGCCGCGGCGCCCGCCGCUAUUUAAGGGGCCGAGUCUGAGUCGCCCCUAACUUCCCUGCCUGGGCACACACCGGCCUCGCUCCCUUCUCGGGUCCGACCUCGGAAAAGCGCAGGGGAAAGCAAUGUACAGCGGUAUAUGCAUCUGUGUGUUCCUCGCUGUGCUCUCAGCGAGCUCUUUCGGACAGCAAACUGUGGGCUCGCACAAUGGGAAUCCACUGGCUGCUGAGCUUGAGCAGGGCUUGACAGAACAGCACCGGCACGUCCGCGCCCCUUCGUCUGCUGGCCCGCUGAAAUCUGUGCCGCGGCUGGAUGGAAGCAUUGACCAGAGAGCUAACAUCGGUGCUUUGUUGGCCAAGUAUCUCCAGCAAGCCAGAAAAGGUCCCACUGGAAGGCUCUCAGUUAUGGGAAACAGGGUACAGAGCAUUGAUCCUACGCACAGGAUAAAUGACAGAGACUACAUGGGCUGGAUGGAUUUUGGACGCCGCAGUGCUGAAGAAUACGAAUACUCCUCCUAAAGAACAGCAAACUAUAGCAACAGAAAAAAAAAUUUAAAAAAAUCACACUCCCAUGUCUGUACAGAAAGAGAAAAAUUAAUUUGUUGUCCUCUUCGAAUCAGUGUUUUAAAAUAUAUCAUGUAUUUGAUGUAAAUUUGUCUGUAAGACUAUACAAUGCAAUACAUACAUAUGCAGAAUUUUCCAGAAAAUCUUCUCUUUCUUUUGUGGUUUCUCAUCCACUGAUACUAUAUUAAAAUGAUUUCACUUAUCC